AUGGAAGACAUUUUUACAGAUCGCUUCAUACAAACAGAAAGCAGUCGUAUCCAAGGAAUCAUCUGGCCUCAGGUGAUAACCGGAGCCAUCGGAAACAUCUUUAACGCCAUCAUUAACUACGUCUUCCUCUACCAGCUGGAUCUGGGUGUGGCUGGAUCGGCAGCAGCUAACGCCAUCUCUCAGUAUUUACUGGUUGUGGUUCUUUUUGUUUACAUUUGUGUGAGGGGUCUUCAUAAAGCCACGUGGGGAGGCUGGUCCCUCGACUGUCUUCAGGAGUGGGGGUCGUUCGUCCGCCUGGCCAUCCCCAGCAUGCUGAUGCUCUGUCUGGAGUGGUGGAUAUUUGAGAUCGGAGGGUUCCUGGCCGGGGUGAUCAGUGAGGUGGAGCUGGGGGCACACGCCAUCAUUUUAGAGCUGGCUGUUGUGGCGUACAUGUUCCCUUUAGGACUUUCUGCUGCUGCCAGUGUUCGGGUCGGGAACGCUCUCGGUGCAGGAAACAUUGAGCAGGCCAAGCUGUCCUGCAAAGUUCCCAUCGUCUGUGCUCUCAUUUUUCCCUGUUUUGUCGGGGCAACCUUCGGCUCUUCCCGGAACGUCAUCGGCUACAUUUUCACCUCAGAUCCAGAAAUCCUGCAGAGGGUUUCUGACGUCAUGGUUGUAUUCGGCUUCACACAUGUUGCUGAUGCCGUGUCGGGUGUCACUGGUGGGGUUCUGAGAGGAGCAGGUAAGCAGCUGAUUGGUGCUCUGUGCAACCUGGUGGGCUACUACGUCAUCGGUUUCCCCAUCGGUGUUUCGCUGAUGUUUGCAGCCAACAUGGGGAUCGUUGGGCUGUGGACGGGACUCACAGUCUGUGUGCUGAUGCAGUCAACCUUCUUCACCAUCUUUUUGUACAAACUGGAUUGGAAGAAAGCUUCGGCRGAGGCUCUCGUGAGGGCAGGAGUCCAGAUCAAAGAAGCUAAAGAGAUGACAGAAAACUCAGACUGUAAUCACAGCCAGCACCCAGCCAGYGUGGCAGCCUCAGGUCCUGACGUGGAGGACCAUAUUUACCAGGACGUACUUGGUCCAGACCAGAAUAAGACCACCACCACCACAGUGGGAGAGAUUCUGUCGGUGAGGCAGCUGGUUCUGCGCCGAGGCCUGGCCGUGCUGCUCAUGUUGAUCAUCCUCGCUGCUGGAAUCGUCGCCUCGUUCUUCCUCACYGGGCUGCUGAAGCCUCAGUGAGGUUAAAGCUGACGGGACAAAAGAUUUCAGCUGAUUCUGAUGCAGAGAUCAGUGCUGCUGAAGGUGAUCAAGCCAGAGAAUCCAAAUAUUUAUAGAUGUUUUUAACUGUUGUGCUCUGUUUCUGUUAAYGUGGAAGAACCUUUAGCUGUUUGUCUUUAUAGCAGCUGUAAAAAUGUGAUGAAAUCAGGACUUUGCUGCAGUUUGAAGUGGGCCUCAUGCAGAAGCAUGGGCUUGAUGAUUAUCAUGUUUUUUUAUUUGUAAACAGCUUGGAAGCACUGGAGAUGCAGAUUAUUAAGUGUAAACACAAACCCAAAAACUUUUCUGUAAUGUGGGAAUUUUUAAGUGUUUUUGUUCCUGUGAAAAAUGUGAGAAGCAGAAAAUCUUAUUUUAAAACAAAUCACUAAAACAUUUUACACAAAUUAGUUCAAAACUGACUAAAAAAUGUUCAAACUUAAAAAAUAAUAAUAGUAAUAAUAAUAAAUACAAGCUUCUAGUCUGAUGCAUCAGUGCUGAUCUGGUGAUGAAUUUUUUAAAGACAUCAGUUGCUAAAGGUACAACUUUUUAUGUUUAUUAUGAAGACUUGAYCUUGUGCAUAAAACUGCUGGAAAACUGUAAAAAGUAAACAUAUAAAAGCAAAUUACACAAUGUUGCUACAGAGAGAUGUUUUUGGUAGCAUUUGUAAACGGUGAAAAUAUCCCUUAGCUAAAAAUGCAAUUAUCCAUUAAGUAUACUAAUUUUAAACUGAAAAAAUUGUAUACUUCCAAUUUAUUAUCAUUAUUAUCUUUUGUACUUAUCUGAGGUAUACUUAACCAUGUUUAUUUUACACUAUACUUGGCUUGCAUUAGUCUAUGCUAAUGUUUCAACUUUUGGCCAAGAUAAACUAGUAGUACACUAAAAGUACAUUUUCACACAGACUGGUUUGUUUGUAGUACAAAUAUUUCAAGAUUAAACUAGAAUAUACUUUGAAGAAUACUUUCAGAAUAUUUUUGAGUAUACUUUCAUAAACUUAUUGUGGGCCAAUGUAG